AUGUUACCCUCUGUGGCGCCUUUCCCGCCAGUUCAACCACACCACCACCUCAACCGAUAUCAUGAAACCGAAUCGCUUAAUGGAUCGUACGGCUUGGAUAAUUCAUUCGCAUCCACAAAUCCGCCCUAUGACUAUACCAACAGUAACUCGUUUCAAUCAGUACCCCGAACUCGACUACAAUAUCCUCACCCCGUCCAGCGGCCCGACAUUCGCGAUCCCACCAACCCGGCGGCGUUAACCUUAAACAACGUUGGAGAACAUGCGCUGAGAAGGAAGACUCCGAAUGGGACUCUUGCCGCUGGAUAUGAUGGUACACCGGGAGAUAUGACUAUCCAGCCGCCGGCGACUAAGCACAUAUUGGUUUCGCAGCUGGAACCAGGCCAGUUGAUCUCUCCCCAGACAGGCUUUCCGAUGGACUCCUGGCAACAGUCUUCUCUGGAUCAGUCGUCUGCGCAGCCAUUGAAUUUCCCGCCGGUGCAUAAGACUGACACAAAUCGACGGAACGUUGGCCGGGGAGACCUAGCACAGGGCGUCAACGGGAUCAGUUGGAUACGCUCUCUAAAUGCCGCACCUGGAAUGGACUCGGUGCUUAACCAGACGUUACCGAUGCAGCCGUCACAACAGCGAUUCUACUGGCACAACGGAGCGUAUGUGCCAACAGUGCUCCCGGCUACUUUGCAACCGUGCAUUGGACCUACAGCUUCUGCAGGCACUGGGCCCUAUGGACCAUACUGGCCAGAUGGCGCAUACAUUCCAUAUCGCCCGGCCGCGUUUCGGGAGCCCCGACUAAAUCCCCAAGGCCCUUUUGUCACUCCAAUCAACCACUCUGCCCCUCAGUACUUUGACGCAGGGCAACAACUUUUCAAUGCAGCCCUAAACCCUUCCAGUAACCUCGAAGUCGGCGAUUGGAGUCAGAAUUCUCUGGGUGUAUCCAACCGUGAGGGUCCAGUGAAGAAGAAUUUCCCGCCACGUCACUCAGAUCAAAAGACAUUUGACUCUCUGAAUAAUCAACGUGUUCUGCCGUUUCAUACGCGCCAGAACAACUCCGUCUCUGGUUUCGCGUCACGCCCUCCGUUGCACGAAGCUUCUGCGUCAUGGUCGGGUGCGCCUGGAAGCGGCGGGUACCAGUGUACUGGACAGCUUCCUGGUUCCCGCGAGGCCAAUGCCGAGUUCAAAGAAAAGGUAUUGUCCUGGGCUCAUGGUGUAUAUGUCGAUCUUCUUGCAUCUAUCCAUCGAGCACGGCGAAAUAGUGUUUCAAAUGCCACUCAGGAUGGUCACACUCAACGGGUAAUGAAGCCCAGUAUCUACCCCAAACCGCCGCGCCAGCCAGGCCUUGAUUUCUCCCAAACAAGUGCGCCCGAGUUCUCUCGACAUAAUAGCUAUCCCUCCAGCCACUCGUUGAAUGAGAAUACGACCGUUGUGAACGCGGCAUCAUCGCUAGAGUUAUUGUCACAUCUUUGUAUGGAAAGUGGCUGGGAAUGGAUUGAUGGAAUGCUCCUGGGGGGUUGCCUGGCGUAUGGUUUAGGCGAUUACCACAAGGCGAUGAGAUGGUAUUCCAGAAUCAUCGCGCGGGACUCAGCGCAUGUCGAAGCUAUUUCUAAUCUUGCAGCUACUCUUCUGGCCUUAGAUCGGCGAGAAGAGGCAUUGCAGCAUUGGCUCCGUGCGGUUAAGCUACGCCCAAGUUAUUUUGAAGCCGUUGAACAUCUCAUAGGCCUUCUGUGUAGCAGUCAACGCGGCAAGGAAGCAGUUAACAUUAUCGACUUUGUGCAGAACUCUCUACGACUGGCUAAGAACGGUGACUGUUUCAAAGCUGAUGAACAUGCGAGUGAACCCGAGAGCGACGCAGAAAGCCGUGUUUCCGGUGCGUCUGACGUGGGAUCAUACGAGAAGGCUACCUUUGAUUACGACGACGACUUUGGCAGGUCGGCCUUUGUUAGUCGUCAAUCCGGCGAAGGCGCUGCUGGGGGUUUUGGCUCAAGCGGCUACUCCGUUCCGGGCUGCGACAAUGGCCGGAUGUUGGCGCUUGUUCACGCUAAAGGAAACAUGCUUUAUGCCAUGGGUGACUAUGCGUCAGCAGCGGUAGCCUUUGAAGAUGCGAUUCUGAUAAGCGCGGGACGAAGGCGCUAUGGCAUCCAAGGAAUCAUUAAGCAUAUUUUCGCCGCAUUCUCUCAAGAAUCGCGCCCUGGAUAUAUAGGCGACCGCCACGAUCCCCAAGAGACUAUUUUGCUCUAUCCGGAUAAGGCUUUACAGACAUCAAAGUUGGUAUUUGGACCUUGUGGAACACCCCCUGGAAUCAAGUAUGUCCCUGAAGGGCUUGCGAGAAAAGCAGCGUUAUCCACCACAAGCAACUCGUUACUCUCGCUGGCAAAAAUUUACCAAGAUGGCAUGUCAACCGCUCCUGCCAAUGGUUCGUCCAGGUCUGCGCCUGGUGUCCGAGACAUACUCGCUCUUUAUUACCUGUCGCUUUCUCUGCAACCAAGUCCGUCCACAGCCAACAAUGUUGGCAUUCUGCUUGCCGGUAUCCACAACAAUGUGCCUAGGAAGGACGCUGCUCUCUCAAGCGGGGAUAUCCAGCAUCCAGACAUACCUGGUGUGAUUCCCGGCAGCGGAGUGUCUCUGGCCCUAGCUUAUUACAAUUAUGGAUUACAACUGGACGCGCGACAUGCGCAUCUUUACACAAAUCUGGGCAGUCUGCUGAAGGAUAUUGGUCAGCAGUUCAAUGUGACGGUAUACUUCGACAUUGCGUUAGCGAACCUUGCAAAUGCUGUCAAAGAUGCUGGACGAGUCAACGACGCUAUCACAUACUAUAAGCGUGCCGUGAAGGUGAACCCUGACUUUGCAGAGGCCGUAUGUGGGCUGGCUAACGCCCUCAACUCGGUAUGCAAUUGGGUGGGUCGAGGAGGCAUUGCCAAUGGUUUCGGCUUUCGAGAUCGUUGGCAUGUUGAUGACCAAGGUAUGCUUCGCGAUUCGUACGGCGUGGAGGCGGGUUCUGGAUGGAUCAAGCGCGUGGUUGAUAUUGUCGAUCGCCAACUAAAAGAAGGCGAGACCUGGGGUUGUGGCAUCUUGACGCCUAAUACGAUAGAACAAUUGUGCGCGCAGCUUCUCCCCAGCGCGGACAGCCGCCGCAGACCUGCGAGUGGGAACUUGGCUGCGUUGCUCAAAUCUUGGGCGGGACAGAAGUGGGAAGGUUCUCGCGUCGUCAAGCUCGUGGAACGUGUGAUUAGGUCCCUUACGUGGCACUGGUAUCAGGAUCGAUACGUCUAUGGUAGGGAGUAUCCCUCCUCAAAGUACCGAAGGCCGCAGCUGCCCCCUGGUCUUUCGGCUCCUAAUGCACCCACUGUACUUCCGUUCCACACCUUCACCUGCCCACUUUCUGCGAAACAGAUUCGACAGAUUUCCCAACGAAAUGGGCUUCGCAUCUCCUGUGCGGCUUUGCGAUCUCCCUGGCUCCCGUCCACAGUUUACCCCCCGCCGCCACCGCCAAAUCCGUACCUUAAGGUGGGAUAUGUGUCAUCUGACUUCAACAACCAUCCCCUUGCCCAUCUAAUGCAAUCUGUUUUUGGAUUGCACAAUCCUACCAAAGUCAAGGCGUACUGCUAUGCUACAACGGCCAGCGAUAAGUCAAUACACCGGCAACAAAUUGAGAAAGAGGCCCCCGUAUUCUAUGAUGCUAGCGGAUGGCCAGUUGAGCGACUCGUCAAGCAGAUAGUCGAUGAUGGUAUUCAUAUCUUGAUCAACCUCAAUGGCUACACGAGAGGCGCGCGUAAUGAAGUCUUUGCUGCGAGGCCGGCCCCGAUCCAUAUGUCUUUCAUGGGAUUCGCAGGUACACUGGGUGCGGAGUGGUGUGACUAUAUUCUUGCGGACGAGCUGUCGAUUCCUCCGGAGACGCUCUCACCUGGAACCCGCAAGACGAGGAUCGAGGACCGACAUCUGGAAGAAAACCACGGUGAGGAGGCCGAAAACUGGAUUUACGGCGAGAAGAUAGUCUUCACCCGAGAUACAUUUUUCUGCUGUGACCAUCGACAAAGCGCCCCUGAUGCGAGAGACUCGUACAUCACAUGGGAGCAGGAGCAAUCCAGACGCUGGCGGAUGCGCAAAGAGCUGUUUCCUACCCUUAGCGAUGACACCAUAAUUCUGGGCAACUUCAAUCAGCUUUAUAAGAUUGAGCCUACAACUUUCCGGACCUGGCUGCGGAUACUCGCUAGUAUUCCAAAUGCUGUGCUUUGGCUUCUCCGCUUUCCUGAUAUUGGCGAACAAAACCUCAGGGAGACGGCUGUGGCAUGGGCAGGUGAGGAGACGGCGUCUCGGAUUAUCUUCACCGAUGUUGCACCUAAGAAUACGCACAUUGCGCGGGCGAAGAUUCUGGACUUGUUCCUUGACACACCGGAGUGCAAUGCUCAUACGACAGCAACUGACGUCUUAUGGAGCGGCACUCCACUGUUAACCCUCCCACGCUACAAGUACAAGAUGUGUUCUCGAAUGGCAAGCAGUAUCCUCAGCAGCGCCCUACCGAAGACUGAGUCCGGGCAACAGGCCCGCGAGGAACUGAUCGCCCUCUCUGAUGAAGAUUACGAGAAGAAAGCGAUUCACCUGUGCUGCAGUUUAUUCUACGAGCCCGGAGGCGAAGGUCGAGCGAGAGGCAGGUUGUUUGAGCUCCGCAGAAUGCUAUUUGAAGGGCGACAGAGAAGCUCCCUUUUUGACACCAGCCGUUGGGUUCGUGAUCUGGAAGACGCCUAUCAGCGGGUGUGGAAUCAAUGGGUGAAUGGCGAAGAAGGUGAUAUAUGGUUGUGA